GACAUGUAAAUAAAGCCUCUGCUCCAGUGCUCAUUCGUCGUCCGUCAUAAAAUAGCAAAAACUCAACUUUUUAUCAUCGUAAUCUCGUCUCGUGUCUCUGUCUUUUGAUUGCGCGUUUCUGUUCAAAUUAUUUGUGCCCUCUAAUUCACAUUUCUCACGUACUAUCUGUGCAAACAUUCGGCUUAUCAUUCUGGUGCUGCUGUGGCCGGGAUUUGUGGGUGCAAUAACCAACCAUCCCAUAAUGUUUUGAGAGCAAAAAACAUCCUCCGCUUGCUGGCUGCUCCAGUUCCAGAAGCUGCUGCGCGAAGAUUUCCACGACGAACUGCGGGGCAAUAAUUCCGGUCUCUGCCCUUAUCUCUUCCAUCGCCAACAAGCGAGGGGCUGUUAUCAGAUUGCAGUUUCUGAACGUUAGUUCUGUGUUUUUGCUGUUGAGUCAUAGUCAAACAGGAAUCCUGGGUGCUCUAGCCAGUCUCAUCAUGGACGCGGCCAUCGACGGAGAGGAAAUUUUGUUCCAGAAACAUGCCAAGUACUUCGUGCGGUUCCUCAACAUCCUGCCGGCCCGGCUGGCUUCUCACGAUUCCACCAGGGUGACAAUUGCGUUUUUCGCAGUGAGUGGCUUGGAUGUGUUAGACUCGUUGCACCUGCUAUCGGAUCCAUUCAAGAAGGACAUCAUCAACUGGAUAUACAAUCUGCAAGUAGUGCCAAAACCAGGAGGAAGACCUUGCGGGGGAAUUCAGGGAUCAAGCACGUUAAAUAUUCUAAACCCUCCCGACUGUUGCGGAUUGGAUGCAUAUCGAUGGGGUCACCUGGCAAUAACCUACACAGGCAUUGCGGUCCUAGUGGCACUGGGAGACGAUCUGUCGCGAUUGGACCGAAAGGCGAUUAUUGACGGCGUGGCGGCAGUACAACGUGAAGAUGGAAGUUUCAGUGCGACCAUCGAUGGGAGCGAGCACGAUAUGCGGUUCGUGUACUGCGCGGCCGCCAUCUGUGCCAUGCUGAACGAUUGGGGCAAAGUGAACAAACGGAAAAUGGCAGAGUACAUCCAAAAGAGCAUUCGAUACGAUUUUGGAAUCAGCCAACAUUACGAGAUGGAGUCCCACGGCGGAACGACAUUCUGCGCUAUCGCCGCACUGGAAUUGAGUGGUCAACUUGACAUCCUCACACCGAAGGUGAAAGAAAAGAUUGUCCGAUGGUUGAUAUUCAGGCAACAGGACGGGUUUCAGGGCCGCCCAAACAAACCAGUGGACACGUGCUAUUCCUUCUGGAUUGGAGCGACGCUGAAAAUUCUGAACGCCUUUGAGCUGACCAACUACAAGGACAACCGGGACUACGUGCUUUCAACGCAGGACAAAGCCGUCGGUGGGUUCUCCAAGUGGCCCGGUUCACACACGGAUCCGUUCCACACGUACUUCGGCAUCUGUGGGCUGAGCUUCUUGCAGGAGCCCGGACUACUCGAGGUGGUGCCAAGUUUAAACAUAUCGCAGCGCGCCUUUCAAAGACUGAAACAACUGCACUCGGUUUGGGAGGUGGAAGCCGAUAUCAGACGCAAGUGCGAUGUAAGAGUUAACAUAGAGUAAUUCCCAUUGGAACUGGUUUCCUAUAUCGCACACAAACAAACGCCGGGAGUAAGAUGUGUUACCAGAUGAUGGGUUUCCGUUAGAUUUGUAAUUUAUUUUGCUAUGAAUCAGACCGCCUGAUUUUAUUGUGUUGAAAAUCGAGUAUCACGGCACUGUUUGUCACGUGGAUUUAGCAGUCAAUUUAGCCUAAGAUGAUCGUAUAAAUUUGUAUAGUAAGCUGCAGAAAAAGCAAAACAAUAUAUUGGAUAUACCUAGUACUAUAAAA